AGCUCAACAUGCUCGCGUUGAUUCUGUUUACGGCGCUGAUCAUCGCCGUCGCGUACAUCUGGCAGCAACGAUCCCGCCUUCAGAAACCUUUCGAGUCCGUUCGGGGACCGCCCGCGCUACCCCUGCUAGGAAAUGUCCACCAGCUGGUGACGAAGAGCUCGACGGAGAUCUUCCAGUACAUGCAAGACUUGGAGCGGGCGUACGGUCGCGUUUUCAAGAUGGACGUCAUGAGCCAGUUCUGGCUGUUCUUCACCGACGCCAACCACAUCGAGCAGAUUAUGACCGGGGCGGAGUUCAACUGCAAGAGUGACGACUACGACAUGCUGGUGGAGUGGCUCGGGACGGGACUGCUGAUAAGCUGUGGCAAUAAGUGGUUCACGCACAGGAAGGCGCUGACGUCAGCGUUUCACUUCAAGAUCUUGGAGAACUUUGCGCAGGUGUUUGACGCGAAGAGUACGAUUUUGGCGAGGAAGUUUUUGAGUGCUGAGGGGAAAUCGGUGAAGAUCUUCCCGUUGGUGAAAUUGUGCACCUUGGAUGUGAUUGUGGAAACGGCCAUGGGAAUCAAGUCGGAAGCACAGACCAAGCAGUCCUGUUAUACGGUGGCCGUUGAGGACAUCGCCGCGAUCGUGUUCCGGAGGAUGUUUGACAUACUCUACAAUACGAAGUGGAUCUUUAAAUUGACAAGUUCGUUUGAACCGUAUCAGAAGCAUUUGAAGACGAUCCACGAGUUCACGCUUGGUAUCAUCGAGAAGAAACGACAGGCUCUUCAAGAAGCUGGUUCCACGAAAGUAGUCAACACUAAAGAGGACUCCGAUGUAGGACUCAAGUCCAAACAGGCCCUGCUGGACAUUCUACUACAAGCCAACAUUGACGGCAAGCCCCUAACCAACGAGGAAGUCCGCGAAGAAGUGGACACGUUCAUGUUUGCCGGACACGACACCACGGCAUCCGCCAUCACCUUCAUCCUCUUCUCCCUGGCAAAGCACCCGGACAUCCAGCAAAAGGUCUACGAAGAAGUUCGCUCAGUGUUUGGUGACUCCAAGGACACCCCCACAACCCUUACCAACCUCAACGACCUCAAGUAUCUAGAACUGGUCAUCAAGGAGUCCCUCCGGAUGUUCCCCCCUGUUCCGUUCAUCUCCCGCAACACCUCGAAACAAGUCUCGCUAGCCGGACUAACCAUCCCCCCAAACACCAACAUAUCGAUCGGGAUCUACAACAUGCAUCACAAUCCAAACUACUUCCCCGAUCCGGAACGAUUCGUGCCGGAACGCUUCGAGGCGGAACGUGGUGCCGAGAAGCUGAAUCCGUACGCGUACGUUCCGUUCAGCGCCGGCGGCAGGAACUGUAUCGGGCAGAAGUUUGCCAUGUACGAGCUGAAGGCGACCAUCUCGAAGGUGGUGCGGUGGUGCAGGGUGGAGUUGGACCGGCCGGACUACAGGGUACAGCUGAAGGCGGAGAUGAUUCUGAAGCCGAUGGAUGAGAUGCCGUUGAGGUUUUAUGCGAGGGGGGAAUAAAUUUUGAAUAAUUUGAA